AUGGCGAAGUCUGACAAGAUGGGCGAAACGGAACAUCUCGAGGACCCAAUACAGGCCGUCGAGUGUAAGGUCGAGGUCGUAGUUCCUCUUCACUCCGAGCUCGCGGCUGUAUUGGCCAAGGAAAAACCGCAGCCGUGGUCACGGUCUAUGAUCAGGCUUUAUAUGGUUCUUGCUGUCGCAUACCUUUGCUCCACCACCAACGGCUUCGAUGCCAACACAUUUGGGGGCGCGUCCGCUAUGACGAGUUUUCAAAAUUAUUUCUCCCUCCACGGUGGUUCGAGGCAAGGCUUGUUCGCUGCUUCAUACGUUAUUGGUAACAUGGUUGGAUCUCUCGGUGCUGGACAAGUUUCAGAUAUGUGGGGUCGUCGAUGGGGUAUGGCAGUCGGCUCGUUUAUCUGCCUUGUUGGUAGUGUCGUCCAGACCGCUGCCCAGAACGGUAACUAUCUCAUCGGUGGCCGUGUUGUGCUUGGGCUGGGUGCUGUUAUCGCCCAGACUGCUGGUCCUGCAUAUGUCGUCGAGUUGGCACACCCAGCUUAUCGGGGAAUUUUGACUGGAUUGUAUCAGGCGUGCUUCUUCUCGGGCACCAUUCUCUCGACAUGGAUCGAGUUCGGCCUAUCUUAUGUUGCCGGUGCCCCACAGUACCAGUGGAGAGUGCCGAUGGCGCUUCAAGCCCUGCCAUCUGUCCUUGUUUUAAUGUUUUGGUGGUUUAUUCCUGAGACCCCGAGAUGGUAUGUCAGUCAAGGCAAAGACGAGAAGGCUCGCGAAAUUCUUGCGAAGUACCACGGUGGAGGUAACCUCGAUAGCGAGAUCGUCAAUCUCCAAAUGCGAGAAAUGAAGGAAGUCAUCGAAGUAGAAAACGGAACCGAUAAGAGAUGGUGGGAUAUCCGAGGCCUUCUGCGGACAAGGUCCGAUAGGCACCGUUUCUUCCUUGUGAUCUGUAUUGCGUUCUUCGGGCAAUGGGAUCUCCCUCCAACUAGCUACUACUUCCCGCUGAUGGUUGAAGCCGCCGGGGUGACCAACGAGCACAUGGUUCUUCUUCUGAACGCAAUUCAAACUCCAAUCAUGAUGAUAUCGGCUCUCUGCGGCUUGCAAUUCCUUGAGAGGUGGGGUCGUCGUCCCACUCUGAUGCUCAGCUCGACUGGGAUGUCGAUUUCGGUCGUCAUUAUUACGGUCUGCACUGCAUUGACGCCAAAACAUUCGCAAGCGGGACCCGUUGGUAUCGCGUUCCUCUACAUUUUCUUGGUCGUAUUCUCCUUCGUUUGGACUCCAAUGCAAUCCCUAUACCCCGUGGAGGUGUUGGCAUACAACAACCGUGCUAAGGGUCUAGCUGUGAUGAACCUGUUCGUCAAUGCCUGCGGUCUGUUUAACACCUACCUUCCUCCUGUCGCCAUCGGAGCAGUUGGUUGGAGGUUCUACAUCUUCUACGCGGCUUGGGAUGCACUUGGCAUUGUUGUCAUCUACCUUACCUUCGUCGAGACAAAGGGACGGAAUUUGGAGGAGAUCGACCACAUUUUCGACUCGCCGCAUCCUGUCAGGACAUCGUUGGCAAAGGAGGUGACAGAAUUGUAA